AUUUCGAUACGAAUGUUCACAUGAGGAACAGAAUGGAUGCUCAGAGGUUGACGUGGUCUGAAAACUCAAUAAAAUGUGAUGCAUGGUUGAAUUUAUGAAUAAUAUGACGCUAAUACAUUACUAAACUUUUUUGGACUGUUUACUUAUUUAUUGAAAGAUGUAUUUCAUUGCAAUACGAUUGCUUUAUUCCUGAAAAAAAAACGAUAAUCGGUUUUUCAAUGAAAAUUUAAUUGUGAAUAUUGUUACUAUACCUUACACUGUGAAUGAUUGAACUCGAUACUUCUCCGAAAAAACGUCGGUGGGAGGAGAUAGCCGGUCUGUUGCCUUCAUCUGAAUGUGAUAUUCGCGAAGAAACUUUUGAGAAAAGAGGCAAUGGUGGGCUUUUAUGUAUCAACUUGGAAAAUGUCAAUCCACUUAUUGAGAAUUCAAAGCAAAAUUAUUUCAAUCCUUUGCAAUCUCAAUACAGUUUAUGUUUGAAAGAAUGUUCACCGAAAUUUGGAACUUUAUCUCAUGUUGACUGUAUACCACCAACUGUUGAUUUCUUGUCAUAUCCUCAUUCAGCAGCGGAUUCACAAGGAAACAGGGAGGAACUCAGUACUCCAAUUACAAUAACUGGAUUUGAUAAUUCUUCAGGUUUGAGUGCUGACUCUUAUUUAUCUGGUCACUUCAAUGACUCAACAGUGAUUUCAAAUCAAUUGCCUUACAGUAAUAAUAAUAAUAGUAAUAAUCAUCACUUAUUUUAUACAAUUGACAAUGUUCAACAGAACAAUUUCAUUAACAACUGUCUUCAGGAACACGAACCAUCAACUCCACAACAACAGCAACAGCUUACACAAACACAAUACCACUUGGAUUAUUACCAUCAUAAUUUAAGUGAGAAAAGACACCUGACCGAUGAUAUUUCCACCGGUAUUCUUAUUCUAAACAAUAACAACAAUAAUAAUGACAGUAUGAAUGCAAUUAAUGGUCACAAUGAAAACGGUCAUGAUGGUGAUGGUCUUGUUGACGUCGAUGGUGCUGAUAAUGCUUACAGAUUUAUGCAUUGUAGUAAUGAACCAGCCUUAUCAUCUAUGAUAUUAAAUGAUACCACCUAUCUUAUACAAAAUCCAUUGAUAAACAAUAUAUUCUCUGAUGUGUCUAUACAACAGUCGACAUGUUAUCAAACGAGUGUACAGGAACAACCAACCGCCGACACAUAUCAUCAAUCAGCAGUCUGGUUAAGUCAGGAAGAACAAUACAAACAACAACAGCAACAACAACAACAACAGCGCCAGCAAAUCUAUUCAUCCAAUGAAGUAAUAAAUACAAGAGAUAAUGGUAAUAAUAAUAAUAAUAAUGAUUACCCAUUAAUGAUUAGUGAUUUUCAAAGCGAUGCCAUCAUUUAUGAUAUAAUGAAACCUUUAACAGAACAACAAAACGGACAACAUUAUUUAAACAACUCACUAAAUUCGUCUUCACUACUAUCUGACAAUCAACUGACACUGAAUAAUUUAAUUGAUAAUCAUAAUAACCAUAAUUCUGCUAUUGAUAUUGAUGAGGAUUUUUGUUUAACUGAGUCAAUUCAAGGUCAUAACACAGAAGACAGAGUCAGCCUAUAUCCUAGCAGUCAACAUAAAACAGAUAACCCGUCUGUUAACCCAUUGCAAAUUUAUUCAACAUUUCAAACAAAGUAUUCAUCACCACCAGCAGCACGAUCAGAGUCGUUAACUUCAUGUGUAACAACAGAAACGUUGACAAGUAGGGCUCAAGAAACAACAACAACCACAGAGGUACCAACAGUUGUCACCAUGGCAACGAUACCGGGGAUUAUCCCUUCAAUGUACACUAUCCCUAGUCAAGAUUAUAAGUUAAAUUAUCCUCCUGGUCCUGCUCCUCCUCCCUCUACCCAUCAUCAACUUUAUCCUGAUAAGCAUCACUAUAAUCAACAACAACAACAACAAAAACAACAACAACAACACAAGAUUGACAAACACUCAGACAAUUUAAUCAGAAAUAAUUGUGUUGUCACUACGAUUACAAAUACUAGUAAUAAUACUACUUGCACUAUUACUAGUACUACUAAUAGUAGUAUUCGUGAGAAAAAAUGUAAAGUUUGUGGAGAUAAGGCAGUAAAUCAUAAUUUUGGCCAGUUGACGUGUGAAUCGUGUAAAGCAUUUUUCAGGCGGAAUGCGCAUAAAGAGUUAACAUGUACUGCUAAAUCUGGAGAGCAUAUUAUCACACCGACAACGCGACGUGAAUGUCCAUCUUGUCGACUGAAACAAUGUUUUCGAGUUGGUAUGAGACCAGAUCUUAUACAAGUUCGAAAAAAAGAUGGUAGUAAACCAAGAUGGUUGGAUAAAGUACCAAAUGCCGCCUUAGUCCAUGAACAACAUUUACAAUCCUGUGAAUCGAUCAGUUGGUCAGCAAACAAUAUUAUUAAACACCACAAUACUUAUGGUAAUAAUAAUAGUAGUACUAUUGGCAAUAAUAAUAAUAACACUAAUAUUACCAUAUCACUGAAUACAAUUCAUCGUGGUAAACAUCGUUCAAAUUCAGAUAAAUAUUAUAAAACUAAACUAAAAGACUGCGAAUUUCAUUUCACUGAAAGUGAACCUUCUAAACUGGUCAAGAAAAUUAACAAUGAUGCGAAUAGUGGUGAUGUCACUGGGUCAACUGAAAAGUUGCCUAACACUAAACGAUGUAGAUAUGAUGCUAGUGAAAUCGAUGAAAUCCCAUUCGGUCAACUUCAACAUUCUCAAAAUCAUUCUCAAGAGUAUGAUACAAGUAUGCUGCUGUGUGAUCCGUUGACCACCUGCUUAGUGCCAUUGCCAACAUCGGAGCUGUCGGUAGCGUCGUCUUCGUCAUCAUCAGCCUCGUCUUCCUCCUCCUCAUCUUCUUCUUCUAGCUCAUCUUCAUCGUCAACGUCAUCAUCAUCAUUAUCAUUGUCACUGCCUCAGUCGAAUAUUUCAGAUGUGAUCAAUGGGGUUCACUAUCCAACGUUUGAGAAAGAUCCAGUUAUACCGACAGUGACAACAAUAACUGAUAAUACUGCCAACAAUGUGAGUACUAGUGAUGCAUUUUCCAACUCUGAUGCAGUUAACAAUACAAUCAAUAAUUAUUUGUCAAUGGAUCCGAUUUUUCACAUGAAUGGCUUAAUAUUACCACAGUCUUGCUCAAAUGAAGGUGAAAUAAACAAUCAUAACAGAAUAUCGGAUCCACAAGUAACCAAUGAAGUGAAUUCUAGUGAUCCGAAUAUUUUGUACAGUCUUGAGGGCGCUGAAAAUGUCAAUAUGAAUAAUAAUAACAACAACUGUAACUUGAAUCCUACAUCGACAUGCCUACAAACGAUGACCUCAUUGCCUGUUACUUCGGCGAUAACAGACAUAACGACUUCACUAACCAAUGGAACGCAUGAAUUACCCAGUCAAUUGUCCCAAAAACAACAAAUAGAUAACUUUAUUCCACAUGAAAUGAAUCAAUUAAGUGAUGGUCUAAUUUUGCUGACUAAUUCCACUGAAUUAACAGAACAACAAAAUGGGACUGAUAGUCAGACAGCUAGCCAAGUUAUACCUCCUGUGCCGUUUAUUUCAGUCUCCAAAGAAUCCAAUGACAUCAUUAUAAAUACUAUGACUUCAAAUCACAUCACUAAUUGUACACCUAUUCAACCUUGUGUAUCAUUGGAGCACUCAUCAACGAUAAACUAUCCGCUUGCAACAUGUAUUCCCUCCAACGUAAUAUUUUCUAGUACACCUAUUCUAUCUACAAAUGAAAAUUCAAUUAAUUCUACACCUCUUGCAUCAAACUGUACGACUACAAUCUACAAUCAAGCCUUAUUAACCCCGUUUUGGAAUUCUUCAGAUAUAAAACUUGGAGUUAUAGAUGAAACAGUAAAUUCCCAGUGUUGUUGUUAUCGCCUCCCAGCUGAGUCGAUCGGUUCAAAUCAUCAACCAAUUCAAAUCAUUCCAUUAGAUAAUGCAACCAGUAGUAGUAGUAGUAUAUUACCGUUUGAUUUACCAAUACAAACUACAAUCAACUCUUUACCGUCUGAGUUAUUAUCUUCAAAUGAGCUGUCCUUAUUAUUGCCAACAUCGAAUUCCACAGGAUUCAGCUUCUCUCAUUCUUCUUCAUCAUCGUCCUCCUCGUGCUCCUCCUCAUCCUCUUCGUGUUAUUCAGCUUCCUCCUUCCCAUCAUCGUCAUUAUCAACAAGCAUUAGUGAAACCUGCCUAAAUAUGAAUUCUUUAUUGACUGAAAACAAUUACAUUGUACCUGUUAAUUUAGACGAGGUGAUCCUGUUAGAUGAUGUCAAGUCGACAGGUGUACUGACUGACAGCGCCAAUAAUUCACUAGGACAUAAAAUGCAUAAUAAUGCUGAUUACGUGAAGAAUAACAGUAUAACUGAACAGUCUUGGUCUGGUGUCUACCAAAUAGAAUCAGGGAAGCAAAAACUCCAGGAAACAUCUGAUGAUGUACAUAUACCCAUCGACUUGGAUGCGAAUGAUAAUCUAACUGAUUGGAAUUUAAACUCUACUGAAGACACAACAAACGUCAAUUCGGUAGAAAAUCACCAUCAUACAUCCACUCCUGCAGACUCAUUGUCUGAUGUGCUUUCAGGUCAAUUUUUCGAUUUGGAAAUCAAAAAUACUUGCAGCAUUCCUAUAAGUUUAAAUGAUUUGAUCAAAGCUUGGUUAUGUAUGUGGCAUAAUGGUCUAUUUCCAAAUCCUGAACAGAUCGAUCUAAAUCUGGAUACAAGACAACGACCUCCUCUGAAAUGGUGUCUCACUAUAGCUAAUAUCUGGAGUGAUUUAUUUCUACGACGUGUAGCUGUAUUCGCUAUGGCAUUACUCGGGGAUCUUGUACAAGAAGAAAAUAAGGCGAAACGAUCACUGAGUGAUAAGUUCAACGAAUCGGUUGUAUACACUGGAAGUAAUGGUCAUAUCAGUGAAAUUCGAGGCUUCGGUGCUACUUAUCAGGAUGAAACAGACUCUGGUGUAAAAGAGGGAGAUAUGAAUGGUUUACCAAGUGAUUCAAACGAGCCACUAUUAACAUGGGAUGAUAUGUUAUGGAUAGCAAAAAAUCGAUUUACUGACUGUGUUCCCGUUCUACUCAUCAGUUGUUCUCCUCCUUCUUCUCCGUCUCCUCUGCUUACCUCUUCUCAUUGCAAUGGAAAUUCUACUCAUAUGCCUGAAUCAAAUCUAUCAACAGAACAAUCUUUCAAUGGCAAUAAAUUAAUUGAUGACAAUGCGGAUAAACAGUCCCCUUUAGUGUCGACAACAUCAGCAUCUAAUCAUUCAACAGUCAAUGUUCAAUAUUCAAUUCCAUCUUCUGAUACAUCACCACAACGACGACGACAACAACAGCAACCACAUCUAAAGAAUAAACACAAUACAACGGUGGUAUAUUUCCAAACAAAAGUAGAUCGCAUCCAUUUGUUAGAUUUGACAAAAUUAAGUAACGCUUUAGGUGAAUUAGGCACUGAAUAUUCACCGCAUAUCAUUAACAACCAUAGUAAUAAUAAUAAUAAUCCUAUGAAUAAAAAUGGUCCCAAUGAUGUAUCAUUAAAGAGUGUUAAUCAUAACAAACAAAUCGCUUAUCCAAUAUUAAAAUAUCUUGACGCUUACAUAUCUCAACUGGGAAACUUUCUUGCCCAUCAUCCAGUUCUAUUCAGUGCGUAUAUGGCGUUAAAAUUAACUGAUCCAACACUUGUGAAGGAUGAAGAAAUUUAUAAUCAAAUUCUUGAAGAGGAGAAUACUGAAGAAGAAAGGAUACAACUGCCACCGCAACAGCAACAACAACAACACCAGAAAAUGAAAAGCCUUCGAACUAAUCGAAGUCAACGUCUUCACCGAUUGCAUACACAUUUUCUAAAAAUUUUCAAUGAAGCGGUUGAUUAUGUCGCCUUAGAGGCUAGCCAAUUAAAAACUGGUCUACAAAUGAAUAAAUUCGACAAGAAUUGUUUAACAUCAUCACAAGAGAAAGUUGCCGCAAAUUCACGACGUAUUAUGCUACCAGAAUUUUUAAACUGGAGUCGUGAAUUCGAUGCUACAUGGCAUAGUUUUCAAGCAGAUAUUUGGCGUCAAGCAACAGAUCAUAAUCUACGCUUUGCAUGUAAGAAAAGUGAGUAUAAAAUAUCAAAAGGUUUAAAUGCUUUGUUCGAUAAACAAUUGAAAUUCUAUGAUGAUGGUGAGAAUGAUUUAGUCCAUAUACUAUGGGAUGCAAAAAGUGAACAAUCCUCGGAUACGCAAGCCUAUUGA